AUGUGCAAGCCGACGGCGCGGGUCGACGCCAAGGACGCCCCGAGCCGCUUUUGGGCGGACUUCAAGUUCGAUGGCUCGGCGCCGGCGGAACCGGCCGCCGCCGCAGCCGCCGACGCCGGCACGCCCGCCUUGAAGACCGCGCCCAAGGCGAAGCAAGUGUCGGGCAUCGUCGUACGAGGGGGAGACGCGUACGCGCUGCGCGCGAAGGCGCUCUCUACGCGGCCGGAUGCGGAGGGCUGCAUGCCGGCGACCCGCAAGCUAGCCUACGCGCCCAAGCCCAAGCCCGACGCGGACGCCGCCGCCGGCGAGCACCGGCCCAGCCCCAACUCCUUUGCGCUCCUCACCACGGCCGACGAGGAGAAGACCGAGGAGAAGGGCGCGCCGCAGGCCGACAUGAAGACUGAGGAGCCCCCGUCCUCCCUCGCCCCGCCCAAACUCCCUCAACACCGUCGAGAGCUUCUGCCUUCGCUCCAGGCGCAGCUCGGCGAGGCCAAGAAGGAGAAGAACAAGGCGCCGACCAAGGCGGAGAAGAAGGACUGCGCCGCCGGCGUCGCCAACGAGGCUCGCCCCCAUCCGCCCCGCCUGCCUUCCUCGCUGCCAUCGGCCAGCCUAUGCCGUGCGGCCGACCGCAAGGACGCCUCGCUGCUCCCGCGCAAGAACUGCCUCGCCAAGCACGCCUCGCACACGCGCACGAUGGGCGUUUGCGUCCUCCUCGCAGCGGUGCUGGCCUUGGGCUGCUCCGCCCUCACCUUCUGGCCUGCCGGCGCGGGCGCCGCGCUCCUCGCGACCAAGCUCCUCCCGGCGCCGCUCGCGGCUCUCCGCUCGGACGCCAUCGUGCACGAGACGGAGACGGCCGACACGAUCAUGGGCGAGGCGCCGAAGGACUCGCCCGAGGCUGCGGCUGGCGGCGAGAGCCCCGUCACGUUGAAGAGCAUCAUGGCCGAGCUCGCGGUGUUCAAGAGGGACAUGCAGAAGAAGGACGAGGAGACGCAGAAGAAGGAGCAGGAGACGCAGAAGAAGGACGAGGCGUUCAAGGAGGAGAUGAAGAAGAAGGACGAGAUGAUCGCCGAGCUACUCGCCGCGCGCAAGAGCAAGACGGACCACAAGCAGGUCCAGAUGUCGGCCGGCGGCGAGGUGGUCGAGCUGGUGAGCGCCGCGGACCUCGAGGCGCUGGAGGCGCGCGUGGGGGCGUGCGAAAAGGGGCUCGCAGCGCAGGACGCCGAGAUCGGCGCGCUCCGCGACAAGCUGGCCCCGCCCAACCCGCCGGCGGCCGCGGCUCGCCCGCCGGCAGCGGCGCGGCGGCAGCUCUCCUCCGCGACUGGCGACGAGACCGAGUUCGCCAUCACGGGGAGGAAAGCGACGCUCUCCUUCAACAGUCGCACGCCCGACCUGACGCCGACCCGCCUGACCGGCGAGGGGGGCGGCAAGCUGACAUCUGGGCAUUUUGCAUUGCCAUUGGAUGCGGACCCGGACGGCUCCACGCCGGCGACCCGUAAGCUAGCCUACUCGCCCAAGCCAAAGCCCGCCGCGGACGCCGCGGCCGGCGAGCCGCCCCGAGGGCCGAGGGCCGAGUGA